AUGCUCUAAGCGAUAUAUUUUGGGACCGGGUACAAGGAUACAUUAUGCUUCUGGAACCAAUUGCUAACACAAUUACCUCUGUAGAAGGUGACACACCAACGAUUUCAAAAUGUCUGCAUUUAUUUAAAAAAAUGGUUAACACCUCAUUAGAAAAUGUCACUAAAAGUCCAUUGUUAUCCAAAGAGGAAGCAGAUACAAGGGCAAUUUUUGAAAAUCGGAAGAAGUUUGCUAUUUAUAGUGUUCAUUUUGUAGCUAACCUUUUGGAUCCAAAAUAUCGUGGCUGCGAACUUAGCUCAGAUGAGAUGACUGAUGCGACAGAAGUCAUAUACAAGGUAGCACAGAAGAUGCCAGAUGUCGAUGAAGCAGCCGUCUUAGCUGACGUUGUCAAUUUUAUUGCAAAAGAAUGACUAUUCAAAAAGGCUUUUCUAUGGAAUGAGGACACAAUUGCAGCUAUCCUAGCUUCACAGUCAAUACUGCAUUAGAAUCUGAACCGGAACCAAUGAUAAUAUCCAAUUCAGAUCAGUCGGAGUCUGUCUUUGAAAGUGAUGAAGAGGAAGCUUCAGAGUCUGAAGAAAAUGCAGAUAGCGACGGGACGGAUCAGUGUUCAUUUAAGGGAUUCGGUUAAUUAAUUGAACCUUUUCAAUCAUUAAGACGUUAUUUUUUUUAUUUGAUAAAUUUUUAUUACUUAUUUUUGCUUUGAUUUUGCAAGUUAACGAAUAAACUCUUCUUAUUUUGUUUAUACCCAUGGUCUUUUUAUUUAAAGGAUUUAUACGAAAUUAAUUAUGAAACGAAAUAAUACUUAUUUUGUUAUAAAAUUAUACAGAAUAUUAUAUUUAUUAUAU